CUGCUGCUCCGCUCUGUGCAGUCGUGCGCCCUGCCGUCUCCCUCUCCCACACACACUCGCCUCCUCUCGCUCCUCCCAUCUACUCCACUUAAACUCUCCUCUGUGCUCUCCAAUAAAGCGCUUUUUGUCCCGGCCACUCGCCACUUGAGCGCAUUCCUUGACGUGGAGGUUUUGGUGCACCUCUCCGGGGACUUGAUGAGGACCGUGUUUGGGUGCGGAGAAAAGUUUCCAGGACGCAUGUAUUCCGGGAAACAACAGAGUCUGGAGUUACAUCUAUGAACUGCGCCGUCUGGAUACGAGACACACGCGCGACUGCGCUUUAACUUUACUUCAUCCAAGUUCAGGGAGUGGAGAGGAAAUCAAGAAAUCAAGAAAAGUGGAGCUGGAGUAGAGGAGGAAGUUUCUUCAUGGGGCAGAGCACGGAGAGAGGGAUGGUCUGCACCAUGAAGGUCCGUCUCGCCUCCUUGUCCUUUCUGCUUCUCCUAAUCCUUCUUGAUGGCGUCUGGUCCAGCGACUGCCCGAAGGAUUGCACCUGUUCCACCCCAGAGUCCAUCCUGUGUUUUCAGAGACGCUCUCCCACAAUUCCCAAAGGAGUGCCUUCAUACACAAAAAGCCUUUACCUCUUUGCUAAUGGCAUUGAGGGCAUGACAGCUAAGGACUUUGGUGGUAUGGAGAACCUGGAAAUGCUGGACCUCAGUCAAAACAAACUGACUGAAAUUCCUGAUAGAGUGUUUGAACCUUUGACCUCUCUGAAAAACCUGGAUUUGUCUUCCAACCAGAUCACCCACAUUUCAAAGGAAUGCUUCCAGGGCAUGGCACAGCUUGAGCGCCUUUAUUUGUAUAGUAAUCUCAUCAAGACGAUUCACCCUGGAGCCUUCCAGGACUUGGAGAACCUCCUUGAACUUAAAAUACAGGGCAACCAGUUGACAUCUCUGCCUACUCUUUCAAUGCCUCAUCUGCUGUUACUGGAUCUUCGAUUUAAUGUUUUGCCCACAUUAGGUCCUUCAGACCUUCAGACCCCAAAUCUAGAGUCGCUUAAGCUAGGUGGUGUGGGACUCACCAGCCUGGAUAAAGAGCUUAUAAAUAAUCUUAAAAACCUCCAUGAACUGGACAUUUCAGGAAACCAAAUUGAAUCCUUUCCCUCAGUGCUGAAGGAGACCCAGGGGUUGAUUCACCUCAGCCUAGCUGGGAACCCAAUGGGUCCUCUUGAGGUUCAGGACCUGCAGAACCUAGGAGAGCUUCAGGAGUUGGACAUCAGCAGUCUCAGCCUGCAGGGUCUCCCUGAAGAAUUCCCGCAGCUUUUUCCUCACCUCAGAAAGCUUACAGUAGCACAAAACCCCUUUAACUGCCUUUGCUCUCUAGCAUGGUUCCCGCGGUGGCUGAGAGCCCAGAGCAUCACAUUGGAGAGAACAGAGGAAACCCGCUGCCAUUUCCCACCCAUCAAUGCUGGGAAAGUACUAGAAAGACUGGAGCACAGGGAUUUCGGCUGUCCUACAACAACAACAGUCACUACCAGCACUACCAAAACUACUACAUUGGCCGCCACCACCCUGUCAACGACUACUGAGCCUGAGCCAGUCUCUAGAGUGGACUAUGAAUCCAGUGAUAAAAAUGAUGACUCUGCUCUGCUUCCUGUCCCUGCGUCACCCAGCAGCAGCAGCAAAGUCAAAAUAGAUGAACAGAAUUUUUGCCCCCCGCACACGUGUGUCAAUGGUGGUACUUGUCAUCUGGACCAAUACGGUCAAGUACAAUGUACGUGUCCACGUGGGACUUCUGGUAUUUAUUGUGAAGUCAAAAACCACCAACCAGCUUACCCACCUGAGGUUGCCAUCCCAAAGGCAACUGUUGCCGUGAGUCCAUCAGAGAUCAGUUCCAAUGAAGUAACAGCAACUACAAUCCUAGUAGAUCUUCACCGUUACAUUGAAACGCGACCUUAUCUCCGUGGAAUACGCAUCACUUAUCGAAACCUCUCAGGGCCUGACCGCAGGCCCAUACAACUUAGCCUGCCUUCAUCCUUCCCCGAGUACAGACUCAGAGGACUAAAGCCCAACUGCACUUACAGUGUUUGUGCCAGCCCUCUAGGUGCCGCUAGUGGAGCAGACAGUGUUUGUACUGAGGCACGCACAGCCCCCGAAAUCAUCAGCAUCCCUGAUGCCCAGGUGACGGACCCGAGGCUGACUACUAUGCUGUUGCCUGCAGCUGCCAUUUUGCUCCUGCUGGUACUGAUAGCGAUAGCACUGGGUGUGGUGUGCUAUCUCCGCAGAAAAAGAGCCAAGGGUCACCUGGACCUAGACUGUGAGCCUUCCCAGCUGGAGUUGGAUGGAGUCAAGGCUGGUUUGGACAAUCUGGCACUACCACAAAAAGAGACCCCAAUAAUGAUUCCAGAACCGGCGGUUCAGACUGGCAGUUUGGAAUACGAGGUGUUGCUAAUACAGGAUCAUUGUACGUCAAAUAACAAUAUGUCUUCACACAAGCCUUCCUACUUUUAACAGAAGGUUUUGAUUGCUCUGAGUGAAAGAUGAACUUUCAAAGACACGUGAGACACGGUGAGCCAUCCAGCACAGGAGAACGUGGACUUGUAUUUAUUUCUGUCUAAGUAGACAAUAAACACAAGUAGAAAAGAGUUCUUUAGACUUUAAAGUGUUGAAAGUGCCUCUACAUUUACAUGCUGCACCCUGCUUCAGGUUCUUCUCCUUUACUGCUGGACUGGCACUGCGUUAGCUCCUAGGCUGCAGAGCUGAAGCUAACGAUGUGUGUUGUCACUGGUUAAAAGCUGGGGUAGAGGGACACCCUUAUUGUUGUUGAUGAAGGAGUGCUAAGUAACUUGGGGUUGUGCUGGAUUUACAAGCCCAGGUAAGCACUUUCAGCUAAUGUUUUGCUGCAUGAUGUCACUCCCCAGCACUCGUAUCCCCCCCCC